AAGAGAAAGAAGAAGGGAAAUUUGAGAGGGAAAGGGAAGGAAAAUAAUAAUAAUAAUAAGUGAAAAAUUUAUUUCCAUUUCGUUUGCAGGUUCGUUUGUUGCCGAAGGGGGUUUAAGGUCCACACCAUUGUGCUGUGCUAUUCACGUGACCUCCUUCACCCUUCUUCCUCUUCUUCAUUUCAACUAAGAAACUCCAGCUGUUAUGGAGAUAGAGAGAGUUGCUGCAUUCUUAGAGAUACAAGUAUAGGAGUGUGCAAAACUUGUUUAGGGCAGCGCGGAAGGUAUUUGAGAUCUUGUGGUAACGGCAUUUUGUUGCAAUUCUUCAAGAAAUCGUUAAUGGUUUCGUCGGCAUUGUUUCCCGAGGGAGGAAUCUAGGGUUUCAAUUACGUCGGCGUCGGAUCUAAAUCUGAUCAUUUCUUUCUCCUCGAUAAUGGCUGCUCAAGUCAAUUCAAUGGUUGGAUCUUUUGUUUGGGUGGAGGAUCCUGAGGAAGCUUGGGUGGAUGGGGAAGUUGUGGAAGUUAAUGGUGAAGAAAUUACAGUAAUCUGUGAAUCAAGGAAGGUGGUUGUUGCUAAAGCAUCUAACGUUUUUCCAAAGGAUCCUGAAUUUCCUCCAUGUGGCGUGGAUGAUAUGACCAAGCUGGCAUAUUUGCAUGAACCAGGGGUUUUGCAGAAUCUUAGAUGUAGAUAUGAUAUAAAUGAAAUAUAUACUUACACAGGAAAUAUAUUGAUUGCUGUGAACCCUUUCCGAAGACUUCCUCAUUUAUAUGAUAAUCAUAUGAUGGAACAGUAUAAAGGGGCAACCAUUGGUGAGUUGAGCCCGCAUCCUUUUGCCGUGGCAGAUUCAGCAUACAGACAGAUGAUUAAUGAAGGAAUAAGCCAGUCAAUUUUAGUUAGUGGGGAAAGUGGAGCUGGUAAAACAGAGAGUACAAAAAUGCUCAUGCGUUAUUUGGCCUACAUGGGAGGGAGGGCUGCAGCUGAGGGACGGUCUGUGGAGCAGCAAGUUUUAGAGUCCAAUCCUGUUCUGGAAGCAUUUGGUAAUGCAAAGACACUGAGAAAUAAUAAUUCAAGCCGUUUUGGUAAGUUUGUGGAGAUUCAGUUUGAUCAAAGAGGGAGGAUUUCAGGAGCUGCUAUUAGAACUUAUUUACUGGAACGCUCCCGUGUUUGCCAAGUGUCUGACGCUGAGAGAAACUAUCAUUGUUUUUACAUGCUCUGUGCUGCGCCAGAAGAGGUUAUAGAGAAGUACAAAUUGGGAAAUCCUAGAACAUUUCAUUAUCUUAAUCAAUCAAAUUUCUAUGAGCUGGAUGGAGUGAACGAGUCCGAGGAAUAUCUGAUGACCAGAAGAGCUAUGGAUAUUGUUGGGAUAAAUGCUAAUGAACAGGAUGCAAUAUUCCGAGUUGUGGCUGCAAUACUACAUCUAGGCAAUGUGGAGUUUGCCAAGGGAAAUGAGAUAGAUUCUUCUGAACCUAAGGAUGAUAAGUCUCAGUUUCAUCUCAAGACAGCAGCUGAACUUUUGAUGUGCAAUGAGAAGUCUCUUGAAAACUCAUUAUGCAAACGUGUGAUAGUGACUCGUGAUGAGAGCAUAACAAAAUGGCUCGAUCCAGAUGCUGCAACUGUCAAUAGAGAUACUUUGGCCAAAAUUGUUUAUUCGAGAUUAUUUGACUGGAUUGUAAGCACAAUAAACAACUCUAUUGGUCAAGAUCCUAAUUCCAAAUCUUUAAUUGGAGUUCUGGAUAUAUAUGGAUUUGAGAGUUUCAAGACAAACAGUUUUGAGCAAUUUUGUAUAAACUUGACCAAUGAAAAGCUGCAGCAACACUUCAACCAGCAUGUCUUCAAGGCGGAGCAAGAAGAAUAUACAAAGGAAGAAAUUGAUUGGAGUUACAUAGAAUUCAUUGAUAACCAGGAUAUUCUUGAUCUGAUUGAAAAGAAACCUGGCGGCAUCAUUGCUCUGCUUGACGAAGCUUGUAUGUUUCCUAGAUCAACACAUGAAACAUUUGCAGAAAAGCUUUAUCAGACUUUCAAAGACCACAAACGUUUUAACAAACCUAAGUUAGCUCGCAGUGACUUCACCAUUUGUCAUUAUGCUGGAGAUGUGACAUAUCAAACUGAACAUUUUCUGGAUAAGAACAAGGAUUAUGUUGUUGCAGAGCAUCAAGCUCUUCUCAGUGAGUCCAAGUGCUCCUUUGUUUCAGGCCUGUUCCCACCAUUGCCUGAGGAAUCUGCCAAAUCAUCAAAGUUCUCAUCAAUAGGUUCUAGGUGCAAGCAACAACUACAAGCAUUGCUUGAAACACUGAGUGCUACUGAGCCACAUUACAUUCGUUGUGUAAAACCGAAUAAUGCUCUAAAGCCAUCCAUCUUUGAGAAUAAUAAUGUUUUACAACAGCUGUGUUGUGGGGGAGUGAUGGAAGCAAUUAGGAUUAGCUGUGCUGGAUAUCCCACCAGGAAGACUUUUGAUGAAUUUGUUCGUCGUUUUGCCAUUCUGGCACCAGAUGUGCUGCAUGGCAGCUGCGAUGAGGUUAGUGCUUGCAAGAUGCUUCUAGAGAAGGUGAACCUCAAAGGUUAUCAGAUUGGGAAAACAAAAGUUUUUCUUAGAGCUGGUCAGAUGGCGGAGCUAGAUGCUCAUCGAAGUGAGCUGUUAGGAAGAUCAGCAAGCAUCAUCCAGAUGAAAGUUCGUUCGUAUUUUUGUCGCAAAAGCUUUAUCUUAUUGCGGCGGUCUGCCAUUCAUAUCCAAACUUUGUGUAGAGCUGAAGUAGCACGCAAUAGGUUUGAAUGCCUGAGAAGAGAAACGGCUUGUUUGAAAAUCCAGAAAUAUUCUCGCAGGUACCUUGCAAGUAAAGGAUACAAAAAUUUGUGCUUCUCAGCUGUCUCCAUUCAGUCAUGCAUGCGUGGAAUGGCUGCUCGUAAUGAGCUUUGUUUCAGGAAGCAGAUGAGAGCUGUGAUUGUCAUCCAGAGUCAAUGCCGAAAACAUUCAGCUCAACUUCAUUAUUUGAGGUUAAAACGAGCAGCAAUUGCCACUCAAUGUGCCUGGAGAGGGCGGGUUGCUCGUAAAGAAUUAAGGAAGCUUAAAAUGGCUGCUAAGGAGACUGGUGCUCUCCAAGCUGCAAAAAGUAAACUGGAAAAGGAAGUUGAAGAACUCACCUGGCGUCUGCAGCUGGAGAAACGAAUGAGGGCUGACCUAGAGGAAUCCAAAACACAGGAAAAUGCAAAAUUACGCACAGCAUUGCAAGAAAUGCAGCUUGAAUUCCAAGAAUCUAAAGCUUUGUUAAUCAAGGAACAAGAGUCUAUAAAGAAAGAAGCUGGACAAGUCCCAACCAUACAGGAAGUCCCAGUUAUUGAUAAUGAACUGGUGAAUAAACUUACUGCUGAAAAUGAAAUGCUCAAGGCUAUGGUAAGCUCACUGGAAAAGAGAAUUGAUGAAACAGAGAAGAAAUAUGAAGAGACAAGUAAGCUUAGUGAAGAGCGUCUGAGGCAGGCUUUGGAUGCAGAGUCAAAGAUAAUUGAGCUGAAAACAGCCAUGCAGAGGCUUGAAGAAAAACUUUCUGACAUGGAAGCUGAGGACCAAGUUCUGCGGCACCAAGCACUGUUUAGUUCAUCUUCAAGAAAAAUGUCAGAACAUUUGGAAAUUACCUCUCAGCAUCUAGAAAAUGGUCAUCAUGCACCACCAACUCCAUCUAAAAGGCUUGGCACAGAUGCUGACAAAAAAAUGAGGAAAUCUCAGAUUGAACGGCUACAUGAGAGUGUAGAUGCUCUAAUAAAAUGCGUGGAGCAAAAUCCUGGGUUUAGUCAAGGAAAACCAGUUGGAGCAUUUACCAUUUACAGAUGCCUUGUCCAGUGGAGAUCGUUUGAAGCAGAAAAAACCAGUGUAUUUGAUCGUCUUAUUCAGAUGAUUGGUUCUGCAAUAGAGAACCAGGAUGACAAUAAUCAAAUGGCAUAUUGGUUAUCAAAUACCUCAAUGCUGCUGUUCUUACUUCAACGUACUUUAAAAGGCAGUGGUGCCAAUUCAAAUCCACCACCUCCAACAUCAUUUUUUGGAAGGAUGGCCCAAGGUUUCCGUUCUUCACCUUCGUCCGCCAAUCUUAGAGUUGGUAAAGAUAUACAGAUGGUUGAGGCUAAGUAUCCAGCUUUGCUUUUUAAACAGCAGUUGACAGCAUAUGUGGAGACAAUAUAUGGCAUUGUUCGGGAUAAUUUUAAAAAGGAUUUAUCACCUCUUCUUUCAUCAUGUAUCCAGGCACCAAGGGCAUCAAGGGGAACUGCUUUAAAAUCAUCUCUGUCAUUUGGCCAUAAUACACCAGCUGAUUCCUGGCGCAGCAUUGUCAAUAGUCUUGAUGGGCUGCUAUGCACAUUGAAAGAAAAUUUUGUGCCUCCAAUUUUUGUGCAGAAGAUAUUUACUCAAAUUUUCUCAUACAUUAAUGUGCAGCUGUUUAAUAGCCUUCUGCUCCGUCGAGAGUGCUGCACAUUCAGCAAUGGGGAAUAUGUGAAGGCUGGGUUAGCUGAAUUAGAAUUAUGGUGUGGCCAGGCAAAAGAAGAGUAUGUAGGAGCAUCCUGGGAUGAACUUAAACACACUAGGCAAGCUGUUGGAUUCUUGGUUAUACACCAGAAAUCAAGAAUUUCCUAUGAUGAAAUUACCAAUGACCUUUGCCCGGUCCUGAGUGUUCAACAGUUAUACAGAGUAUGCACUUUAUACUGGGAUGACGACUACAAUACUCGAAGUGUAUCCCCUGAUGUGAUUUCCAGCAUGAAAAUACUAGCAAACGACUCAAAUGAUGAUGAUAGCAACUCAUUCUUGAUAGAUGACAAUUCAAGCAUUCCUUUCUCAGUUGAUGACUUAUCUGGCUCCUUUCACGAGAAGGAUUUCUCAGAUGUAAAACCUGCAGCGAAUCUUCUGGAGAAUCCAGCCUUCCAAUUUUUACAGGAUUAAGGCUGUGAUUUUUUAGCAUUUUGCCUCUUCAUGAUAUUCUGUCAAGAUAUCCAGUCAUUGCCACACUGUAAAUACUCCCUUCACUAUUGUAGUUUUGUUUUUUCAGUAACAUCUGUUGCCCCAAAUGUAAUGUUAUUCCUUUACAUUAGAGUUGUAAAAAUUUCAUUAGGCUGGUUCUCAUAGUCAAAGGGGCAUGGAUGGGUUUUACUGGUUUCCAUUUAGUUUCUUCUUUUCAUUUUUAUAGGAAUACUUGGGACCAGCAUUCUUUGUAGGGGUGGUAGGAGGGAAGAAAUUUCAGUGUAGGAUGGUGGGAGGUAGCUGAUCCCAAGAUUACUCUAACCACCAUGUUUUAAUUGUACAAAUACAGAACAUGACUUGAUAUCUAUAGUAAAGUUGUUGGGUUAUCAGCACAUUCCUUGUUGACAGAUUUA